AUGCUCGUGAAAUAUGUCGAAGAGAAUGCCUACAAAAUAUCAAAAAAGGACCAUGCACAGCAAGGCUUUGGAGAUGAAGUGACAGUGCCUCUAUAUUCAACAACUAUUACGACCGCCAUAGAGAAGGAACCAACAGCAACAACGGUAGAAAUCAGUCCUACAACAACUGUCAGCAAAGGCGAGACAACAGAGGAUUGUGUGUCAGGAGUGAAGGGACGAUUGUGUCGCACAUCAGACGCAACCACACCAUCAAUGGAGGUGAGACCAUCAGUGACUCCAACAACAUCACUAGCGGGAACCACAACAGAGCAGAAAACAGUGGUGCCAUCUUUGCCGACCACUCCUUCGACAGAAUCCACAGCCAAUUCGCCUUCUACUGCCACAGCUUCAACGGAGCCAACAACCACGACAUCUACUGUUACACCCUCCACUACACCUGAGGAUCAGAAAACGGUGGUGCCAUCAUUGCCAACCACUACUUCCACAGAAUCUACAAGUACCCCGACUUCUACUCCCACAACAUCAACGGAGUCAACAACCACGUCUACUGUUACACCCUCCACUACACCUGACGGUAAGUAUUGCUGCAUAAAAAUAACGGAUUAG